AUGUUCAACAAGCGAGUCAAGUCGCGGCCCUCCCUUCGAGCCCGCGACUCGGACGUCGAGACAUCCGCGGGCUCCCCUCUCGCUAAAUCGGUCGUCACCGCCUACCCAGCCGGAGAGGACGAAGACGAGUCCAGCGGGUCCGGCUCGGUCCUCGAGCGCAAGAAAGCCCAGAAGAAGGACAAGCGACUCUCCGGUGUCAAGUCAGGCGGGACAAGGCUCAGCUUUGGCGGGGAUGGGGAUGAAGGAGAGGGGUUCAAGCCAAAAAAGAGCCUCUUGAGUCAGAGUAUCAAACUCCCUCCUCAAUCACCUGCAUUCGACGACUCGCCUGGCGCUCCCUCGCUCUCGUCCUCCUAUUCUCGGGAAUACCUGUCGGAGCUCAAGGCGUCGACACCGACACGAGCGCCCAGGUCGGCGGCGGAUAAUGAGGGCGGAGACGAUGCUGGAAAUGGAGAGGGAGACGAGGAGGAUGGGACGGGCCUGAGCAGGAUGGCUCGGAGCAAAUACGCCUCGUCCUUCGUUGAGGACACAACGGCGGGGAUACCCGAUGCAGCGGCGGUAGCUUCGGCGCGGAUGAAGCGGCAGGCCAAGGUGGAAGCUGCCAAGCAUGGAGGAGAUGAGAUGGGGGAGGACUAUAUCGCGCUGGGAGGGGGAAAGUUGAUUGUUCAUGAUGGAAGAGCGGAGGGGCCUCAUCCUGGGAGUAGACUGAUGAGGGAGGAAGAUGAAGGCGAAGAGGGAGAUGAAGAUUUGGCUGGAUUUACCGAGGUCAAUGAUCGGCUGUAUAUCGGAAAGAAGCAAACCAAGGCUGCGUCUAGGAGGGAAAGAGGGGAGAUAGGCGAGAUGAUCGCGGACUUCGAGGCGGACGAGGAAAGCGACGAGGAGACCCGGGAAUGGGAGAUGGCCCAAGCUCGUCGAGCCGGGAAGUACGAUGACGGCUCAAACGGCAUGCCCGCAAAGAAGGCCUAUGUCCCUAACCCAAUACCCACCGCGCGACCACUCCCUUCAAUCUCAUCCGUUCAAACUCGCCUCGCUCAAGCUGUCGCCGAGCUCAAGAUCACCAAAUCCGAGAACGAGCAUACCGUCGAGGUCGCCUCGGCGGAGCUGGCAUCUCUGGAAGAGCAGGAGCGGGAUCUACGCAGAGAAGUGGAGCGGGUCGAGGGGAAACGAGAGUGGGUAGAGGAAUUUAGGGGAUGGGUCGAGAUGCUUGGGGGGUUUCUGGAAGAAAAGUUCCCCAAGCUGGAGGCUAUCGAAUCCGACUCCCUCCUACACCUUCGUGAACGCGCCGAAAUGGUCGAAAAGCGACUCAACGCCGACGACUCGGAUGAUCUCGCGCUCUUCUUGGGCAUACCGCCAGCAGCCAAAGACGAGGUGGAAGAAGUGGACGAGAUGGGUCGAUCAAGGCGGGACUUUGAAGCUGGACCGAGUUCGGGCAUUCGGAUCGGUCGACGAGCGGACAGGGAGCGGCGUCGUGCGCGUCGGCGAGAACGGCGGGAUCCCGCGCAGUCUUCAGCGGACGAGGACGGCUUCUCGACAGACUCGACGCUCGCGGAGGGUGAUGCGGAGGAUUAUGGGCAGGCCCAGAGUCGGCUAGGGAGGCGAGUAGUCGCGCUUCUGGACGAUGUCAAGGCGGAGGACUUUAGGGAUCCGGAGAAGGGUCUGGCGGUCCGGUUUGGGGGAUGGAGAGCGAGGUAUGGGGAGGAGUAUACGGGCGCGUUUGGGGGGCUGAGUAUGUGUCAGGCGUGGGCCUUCUGGGCGAGAGGGGAGAUGGUCGGUUGGGAGCCUAUGCGCGCAUCAUCCAGUAUAGAAGGCUUUAGAUGGUUUACCGCCCUCCACACCUACUCGCACCCUCGCUUAGCUGCUGGCGGCGACGAUGAGAUGGACCUGGACGACGAGCCCCCACUCGGACCGGACGGCGACCUAAACGCGCAGAUGGUGAAUGACGCGGUGGUACCGCUCCUGACUAAGUCGUUUGAGAAUGGGGCGUACGAUCCGUAUUCUGGGGCGCAGACGAGAAGGGCUAUUGAUCUGAUGGAGGUCGUGGAGGAAUUGGCGGGGAAGGAUAGUCGGAAGUUUACAGCUCUUCUUCGAUCCGCUCUCUUGUCCAUCAACACCCAUAUUCUCCAUCUCUCUUCUACCAUAUCCGCUUCCUCAGCACCCCUCGCCACCCCAGCACCCGCAUUCAACCCCGCGUCUCGUACAGCUCUACAGCGAUACGUCCGCCGUCGGCUCAAGCUGCUUCGGAAUAUCCUGCUCUGGCGGUCGAUUGCGCCAGAGGAAGUAAGGGCACUGGUGGCGAGAUUGGGGAGGGAGGUAUUUAGACCGGUAUUGAUGCGGGGCUGGAGUGGCGGCGGGGCCGAGAUGGCGGAGAAGGUCAUUCAGGCUAGUGGGGGACUGUUACCCGCGGACAUUGUCGCGUUCCUGCAACGAGCUCCUUAG